GGCUACCAGGAAAAAUUAUAGAUGGCGCUCCCGGGGAGGGAAGGAGCGUCGAAAAUGGGGGCCCUCACUUAAGAUGGCGGUCGAACGGACCUCAGUCGGGAUGGCAGCCUGCGAGAAACAGUGCCCUCAACCAAAAUGGCGGCCAACGAGAAGAGGCGCUCGUCCCCUGCGGCGGCGGCGGCACCAGCCGGGACAGAUCAGAGCCGGUCGGCCUUGUCAGCGAACGGCGUCGCCGAAGGCGAGGCGGAAUUCCUCCUGCAGUCCGGCGUGACCGACAUGGUGCGAGAGGCUCUCCUAAAAGUGCUCGAAGCCCGGCCUGAAAAACCCGUCGAUUUCCUGGCCGGCUACUUCGAGAAGCUGAUGCAGAGUAGCCCAGAGACGGCGACGGAGGCCUUGUCGGACGGCGGGGACCGCCAGCGCCAGCUGAGUCUCGACCGGGCCUUGUGGUAUCUGGGCCUGGCCCACCAUUCUCACAGGACAGCCUUUAACAACAACGUCCACUCCGCCUACGAUGCCCUCGGUGCUGGAGUCGAGGGCAAGAAAGCCGGCAUGGAUGGGAAGACCUACAGCGAGCUGCUGCGACUGCUGUGCCAAGACCGGGGGGCCUCCGACGAGACCUUGCAGCCCCUCCUGCAGAAGGUCUCUUGCCGGGACCACGAAGUGGUGCCCUUCGACAUCUUCCGUUACGGGGUCCUCACCUGCCUGAUCCUUCUGGAGUUCCUGGCCAAGGCCGACGGCCUUUACGAUGCCCUCGACAAUGGCUCGGGCGCCGCCGACAAAAGGGUCUGCACGGCCGUGCUGGGCACGCUGGAGGAUGCUCUCCACCUAGCCGACGUCUCUCCUCCCAUCCGUUGCUUGGAGGCCGGAUCCAAGCUCAGGCCGGACUGCUUGGCGAUGGCUAUGGACCGGGCGCUGUUGGAGAGGAAGGCCAGCGCGGCCAUGAAGAAGGACGAGUUUCUCAAGAGGGCUUCGUCCAUCUUUGUGACAAAAGUGAAGUCGAUUCACUGAGAGGUGUGGUUCCCUUGACUUUCCUGAGCAGUAGCUAUGGGGUGCAAUUGGACACUGGCUUGGUCUGCUUUGGGGGUGCAGGCAAGGAGGAGAAUUGGCUUUUGUUUCUACUAUUCAGCAAGGCUGCUCCCCUCUAAGGCAGGGGUGGGGAGCUGUGGCCCCCUUAAGGCCCAGUGGACUUCAACUCCCAGAAUUCCCCAACCAGUCAUGCUGGCUAGGGCAUUCUGGGAGUUGAAGUCCAACAGUCCUUAAAGGGGUCAUAGCUCCCUAUCCCUACUCUGUAUGCCCAAAGUCUGGACCCCCCCUUGUUAUUUGUUGACUUAUUUAUUACGGGUUCUUAUUUAUUUACUUGUUCACUUCCUGAUUAGAUGCCCUUCAAGAGCUCAAGGCAACAGCUGGAGCACUGCCUCCUCCACAGCGACAAUUUCAUAAGGUCGAUUAGGUCGGGAGAGACAGGCUGGCCCAGUCCCCCAGGGAGCUGAUGAAGAUUAAGGGGGAUCUUUUGCAGCAGGGACUUCCCCCACCAAGUCCUUGGGCAUUCACAGUCCGGGGGGUGGAUGGGUGUUUGAGUCUAGGAUUAGAUCUGUGUAUUCUGACAUAAGAGGAAGGAGCAAUGGACCGGGACGAGCAGAGGCGGGUAUGAUGAGACCCUGGGAGUGGCCUUCAUUUGGAACGUCAGCUUCACUGCCUGAAAGCAUUGUCCAUUGUUCAGCCUUCUACUUUCCCACUCGGCCCUCGGCUGUGGCUGUUGCCUUGGAACGCCCCCGUUGGUGUGCAUUAAGGCUGCCCCCUUUGAGAAUAUUUUCACGGACUAGGCCAGAGGUGUCCAGCCUUGGCAACUUUAAGCCUUGUGGACUUCAGCUCCCAGAAUUCCACAGCCAUCCAGCAUUCCCUAGCAUGGCUGGCUAGGGAAUUCUGGGAAUUGAAGCCCAGGGGUCUUAAAACUGCCAAGCUUGGACACUGCUGGACAAGCUGUGAGCCGUGGGGUCAGCCUUCUUUCCACGUGUAAUAUAGUCUGGGGCCGUUUCCCCUCCCCACCCAGCCCUCAACCUUGUCCCAAUGAAGCUUCCUCUUCACCUGACCCACAGAUCUGCCUGUCACUUUGCUGGGGGGGAAGGGAGAACAAAGGGAUCUGCUGAGCACACCUCUGUUCCCCAUUCUCCAUUUCGACAUCUCUGCAAGGGGGGAAGAGGGGUUCAACCACCAGCACCCCCAGCCAGUCCUACCUAGCCAGCAGGCAUCCGAGCCGCUCCUUCAUCCUUUCCUCAUCGUCCAGAACCUUAAAAAAAAAAAUCAGAUUUCAGCUGUGGGUCCAAUGCAGCCAAUUGCCCCUUACCACCCGCCAAUUGGCUGCAGCGGGCAGAGAGAAGUGGGAAAGAGAGCCAGGAUAUGCCCAUGACAAUCAUAUGACCUCAGCUGGACAUGGCAGCGCUGAAACAGCUGCAACUUUGCCAAAUUUCAAUCCCACGGGAGUCCCAGGCUCCAGAUUUUGGACUCAUUCUGUCAGUUAGCCCCUUUGAGGUAAGUUGGUUCGAUUAAUUGUUGCCCUAGGACAGGGGUAGGCAACCUUGGCUCUUUUAUGACUCGUGGACUUCAACUCCCAGAAUUCCUGAGCCGGCAUAGCUCAGCUUGGAAACCUCUCCCUUUCCCCUCAGUGUGGCUGGCUCAG